AUGGCCAUGAAAGCACAGUUCCUUCGGUUGCUACCGCUGCUGCUCCUUCUCCUUCCGCCUCCCCUCAGCAAUUACCUCUUCACGGAUGACGGCGCCCUCGGCGACAGUGCCGGCAAGGGCCAGCUCCAUGUCUACCACCCGAUAAUCUUAUUCCCUGGUAUAAGCUGCCCCAACCUGGAUGCACGGCUCACCGACGACUACACCCCAUCGCUGCCGCGCUGCGGUGCGUUCAAGGGGAAGGGGUGGUUCCCGCUCUGGAACAACACCCAGGACGUUCUUGACCAUGACUACCUGCCGUGCAUACAAGAGCAGAUGAGCCUCGUGUACGACCCCGUCCUCAACGAGUUCCGAAACCAGCCCGGUGUCGAGACACGUGUGCCGGACUUCGGCUCCUCCUACAGUUUCACCUCAAAGGUCAAACUGGGUAACCUUGACAUGUUUUGCAUGUUGAAACUCCGCAAAGCACUGGAGGCAGUAGGGUAUCGCGACAGAGAUACCCUUUUUGGAGCUCCUUACGACAUACGUCACGCUCCACUUUCACCCGGCCAGCCAUCUCGUGUGUACACCGACUACUUCGCCCGUGUCAAGGAUCUGGUGCAUCAUGCAAGCAAGAAGAAUUGGAACAAGCCCAUCAUCCUGCUCGGGCACAGCUUUGGUGGCAAGGCUGUCCUUGACUUUGUCAAUUUGACUCCACUUCCAUGGAGGAAAAAAUUCAUCAAACACGUUGUCCUAAUCGCGCCCACACCUCCUACGGGAUUUUUGGAGGUGCUCAGGAACCUCGCCUCGGGGCCUUCAGUCAUUCGUGUACCGGCGGUGCCGUGGCUGGGUUUGAGGCCAAUGUGGAGAACUUUUCCGACUUCCCUUACAUCUUUCCCGUCCCAUAGGGUUUUUGGUCACCAGCCACUUGUAGUCACCAAACAUAGGAACUACUCGGGGUAUGACUACACGGAUUUUCUUACAGCACUUGGUAUCAGCACUAACAUCAUAAAACAGGUUCUUCCGAUGAAACUAACGGUUCAUGCUCCAAUGGUGCCAACAACAUACCUCAGUGGUGUCGGUAUCCAAACCCCAGACCGGGCAGUAUACUGGGAUAGUAACUUCGAUGUGCAGCCAGACUAUGUGUAUGGUGAUGGUGACCUUGUCAUCAACAAAGUUAGCUUGUUGGCAUUCGUGAAAGAAAUGAGCAAGCAACAACAACUGAGUAACAUACACUUCAAGUUCGUCAAGAUUGUUAAUGUUACCCACUCUAAUAUUGUUUUCCUGGAACGUCCGCUCAGGAUAGUUAUGGCUGAAAUUCUGGAAGCAAAUAGUAGAAGAGACAUCAUGUGAUACUUUUAUGUUUUUGUUCAUAGUAAGAACGUUUUAUUCUCGCUAGAGAAUUUGGCAUUUUUGUGGAAUAUAACUAUUAUGUAAGGAUUUUUUAAAAGUGGAAUAUAACUAUUAUGUAAGGAUUUUUG